GCCCCGGGCCGCCCAUAAAAGGGGCCCCGCGCCCGCCCGCCCGCCCCUCUCUCCGCUCCGCCGGCCGCCCCGGCCAUGGCCAAGGAUCAGCUGAAGCCGCGGCUGUGCCGCAUGUUGAAGGGGGAGAGCGGUUACGGCUUCCACCUGCACGGCGAGAAGGGCAAGAGCGGGCAGUUCAUCCGCAAAGUGGAGCCCGGCUCGCCGGCCGAGGCGGCGGGGCUGCGCGCCGGGGACCGCGUCGUCGAGGUGAACGGGCUCAACGUGGAGCAGGAGACGCACCAUCAGGUUGUUCAGCGCAUCAAAGCCGUGGAGACGGAGACCCGCUUGCUGGUGGUGGACAAGGAGACGGACGAGUACCUGUGCAGCCUGCGCCUGACGUGCACGGAGGAGAUGGUGCACAGCGGGAUCCUGCUGAACUCCAGCGUCUCGCCCGCCAAGCCGGUGGGCAGCGACAACGGGGAGGUCUGGAAGCCGCAGCUGGAUCUGAGCGGGGGCAGCCUCCAGCGGCACUCGCACAGCUUCUCCUCGCACGGCAGCAGGAAGGAUUUAAAUGGACAGAAGGAGCUGUGCCCACGUCUCUGCCACCUGAAGAAAGGCCCCAGUGGCUACGGCUUCAACCUGCACAGCGAGAAGUCCCGGCCGGGGCAGUUCAUCCGCUCGGUCGACCCCGACUCGCCGGCCUUCAGAGCGGGGCUGCGGCCCCAGGACCGGCUGGUGGAGGUGAACGGGAUAAACGUGGAAGGCCUGCGACACUCGGAGGUGGUAUCCCACAUUAAGUCCAGGGAGAACGAAGCCAGGCUCCUGGUGGUGGACCCCGAAACAGAUGAUUACUUCAAGAAGCUGGGAGUGACCCCCACGGAGGAGCACACCAAAGGUGUGGUACCUCAGCCCUUGACAAACGGAUCCGCACAGACUCAGCUGAAUGGAGGAUCCACAUCUUCAUCUCACAGUGACCUUCAAAGUCCUGGGAAGGAAUCAGAGGAUGGAGACGCGGAGAAGAAAGACCCGUUUGAGGAGAGCGGGCUGACCCUGAGCCCAACGGCUGCCGAGGCCAAGGAGAAGGUGCGGGCCAAGCGGGUGAAGAAGCGGGCUCCGCAGAUGGACUGGAACAAGAAGCGAGAGAUUUUCAGCAAUUUCUGAGCCUGGCUGGUGGCUGCCGUCCGCCGCUCUCCUGCCCCAGCUCGGACGUUUCUGAGGUGCCUACGCCCUGUCCUUCAGUGUCCACGUGAGAUGCUUUGUGCUCUGCUCUUCACUGGUUGCUUUUACAAGGCGUAUUUUAAAGUCCUUUUUUUUUUUUUUUUAUUUUUUAUUAUAAUUAUUAUUAUUAUUAUUAUUGUUACCCACCAGCGAUUCUCAUAAGACAAAUGUGACCAAAGCUCUUUUUUUUGCUUGCUCUUCAGCCUGGCUCUGGCUGCCAGCUGUCCCCUGUUCCUAUGAGAAAGGACUGGAAGAGUUUAACUCUUGUUUCUUACCUGCAUCAUUUAGGCUUCUAUUACUUUUUUUUUUUUUUUUUGAAGGGGGGUGGGGUGUUUGUUUUGGUUUUGCGGGUGUCCCAGACUGAGCCCCAGGGGAUGCUCUGUGUCCCUGUGCAAAUGUCUUACGGGCUCGUGCCUGCACCCCGGUGGGGGCCCGCAGGGUGGGGUGUACCUGGCACCCCCUCCCCAACACCCUGUCUGCAGUGUCAAUGGGAAAAUGAACAGCGGCUGUAAAUGGCUUUUGUUGGCUUUGCUAUUGAAAUGAAAAAGUUUGUUUUGUUUUGGGUUUUUUUUUUUUUUUUUUUUUUUUUUUUUUAAUGAAGUCCCAUAUGUUUCCAGCUAGUUUAGGAACCUCCCUCCCCACCAGUGACUUCUGCCCUGGCAGUAAAGGCCCCUUUUUCAUCCCCGGCAGCUCUGCAGAGGGGAGAGGGCAGGAUUUAAAAACAAAACCCAACCCCAACAGCCCAAAUGCCACAGGCUUCACCAUUUGCAGCCAUCGACGCGGCGCUGAGCGGCGGGGGAAGGCAGGGAGCGGGGCCAGUCCUGCCCCACGGUGCUGGGAACGGUGCUGCCACCCGGCUCCAGCAGCUUUGCAAAAAAGACAAGAACCACAAGAUGCUACAAAACCUCUUUGGACAGGCUCGAAAGCGAGCCCGACCCAGCCCGUUUCCAGGGAGGAACGCGGGGAUCCGGCUCCGGCUGCGGGCUGGGUCCGGGUCGGUCCCCACCUGGUUUGUUCCUUCUGGGCUGGUGUUUGGUGCCUCCAGCCCACGAGCACAACCGAGUCUGGGUCUCGCCGUCGGGAAGGCGUCCUCCGAAGCCGUGGGGUCUCCGUGGGGCUGGCUAUGAAGCAGGCAGCGGGGUGAUGGAGUGGGCAGUUGCUUCGGCUUUCUCUGGCCUCCUGUGAAAACACCCUGCUCUUGGUAUUAGAGCCUCAAACACGUAUCUUUAAAGCGUUACAAAUUAAGCCCCUUUAAGCUCUUUAUGACUUGCCUUGGGCUGUAAAUGAGGGAAGAUGACCAAGCUGAACACCACCGCUCUCCCGGGGGUUGCAGAGGUGUUUUACCAGCGCAGGGUCCCGGCCGUGGUGGGGCUGGCCCCCUCCUCGCACACCAGCAGCUCCCCAAGCCCGGCCGUGGUGGCCGCCUGGUAUUUCAGCUCAAAUGCCAAGGCAAGUGGGAAGGGACUGGGCACAGCAGAACAGUCGAGUACAAAACCCCUUUCCCCAGCUAAAAGCGAACGGCAGCAAUCCCUCGGACAUCGGCGACCGUUUGAAAACACACGGCUGUGAUUUUUGCCCUGCUGUACUCCAGCACUGCUGUUACAAGCCCAGGGCCUUUUGGGUUAGCGUGCUACGGAUAUUGUAACGUGUUUCCCAAGUAUUGAGCUAAAAGGUGCCUUAUUUACAACAUUUACUGCUCUCCUCGGCAGUGGGAUGGGGCUCAGCACAGCGGCAGGUUGGUGCAGGGCAGGGGGACCGCAGCAGCAGAGCCAGGACAUUUGGCUUCAGCGUGGGGAGCACGGAAGGCCUCAGGGGUGAAGGAGAUGAGUUCUCUCUUUUAUGAAAGUUACCUUGUAGGAACGUUGAUGGGCUGAACGGGUUGAAAAUAAUGGCUUUGGAGAGGAAGUGGUGGCGGUUUGGCAAUGGCAGCGGGAUGACAGCUCAGGCUGCAGAGGUUUGCCUCCCCUCCAGGACUCUGCCAUUCACAGGACACCUCUUCCCUACCCCACUUCAAAGACAAUAGCCUGCUCUUUUUGGCCUCCAAAAUAUUUGCUUCUAUCGAUGAGUAAUCUUUUGAAGGAGCCCUUCUUUUUCAUGGUGUGCACGUUGCUUCCUGUGCCUGCAUAGCCAAACCCCAGGCAGCGCCCCGGUCGCCGCAGGGCAGAGCGUCCCCCGUUACACUGAGCUAAACGUCGCACUCUCCGAUGCAUGUCAGAGAGCAAAGACCUCUUUGUAAAUACCCCAGCUCUUGUACAAGACUGGACCGCCGUAGUAGAGGGGGGAAACGAGAAAGAACAUGUAGUUUUGAAUGCAGGUCAAAAGAAAUCAGGUGUGCAAAGCUGUACUGGUAAGAUUUUAAAAUCUUAAUCUCUGCUUAAUCCAUGGAAACUGCUCCUGGUUAAAGCACUUACUGUAUUUCUGACAUCUUGUAGCUCAGUAGUAAUUAUUCAGUUCCUGUACAUUUAACUUGGAAAAAAAAAAUCAAUGAAGUAUAAGGCUGUCAGCUGCAUUGUAAAAACAUAAUGUACACUGUAAUGUCAGUAAUAAACUUCGUUUUCCCAUGUA